UUUAGAGUUGAUGUCUCUGCAUGGGCGUUUCAGCUCAGUGCGUGCUUGGAACUGGGUCGGAGCUGCGGGUGCUUUUUGCCGACCACAUGAAACUGAAAGACGUGUCGUGUCGUCUGUUGUCUCAAUUCUUGGACGGCGCCCUUCUUCAACCUUCCUACUGCCAAUCGAACUCCUUUUCUAACAAUCGCUCGUCUUUUUCUUAUUAUGUUGUUUGCCUUCUGGUAGUGAUUGGUUUACGUGGUAUCCUUUCAACCAGAAGCCUUUCUCGUCGCUCUUUAGACUUACUCUUUUUUUUUUCAUUCUAAUUCCAGGCCCUUUCCUACCUAUUGUUAACCAUAUAAUUAUGAGUUCACCACCCUCUCUCCGCAAGAGAGGCGGUAAAAAGGAUGGCUAUUCCGCCGUGCCGUCCGAUAAUUACCCCCCGGCGAAGAAGGGCAAGGCAGUGGACAACAAGCCUUCAGAAUGGAGCUAUAUGCUGGCCAUGGCUAUUCUGACCCUUUUGGCCUUUGUGACUCGUUUUUACAAAAUCUCUUACCCCGAUGAAGUCGUUUUCGACGAGGUUCAUUUCGGAAAGUUUGCCUCUUACUACUUGCAACGCACGUACUUCUUCGAUGUUCAUCCUCCGUUUGGAAAGCUCCUCUUUGCGUUCAUGGGUUGGUUGGUUGGCUACGAUGGUCACUUCCUGUUCGACAACAUUGGAGAUUCGUACAUUGAGAACAAAGUCCCCUAUGUCGCUCUGCGUGCUAUGCCGGCAACUCUCGGCGCGCUCACUAUCCCUGUCGUCUUUCAGAUCAUGUGGGAGUCUGGAUACUCUCUUCCGGCUUGCGUACUCUCCGCCGGCUUGAUGCUGCUCGACAAUGCCCAUAUUGGCGAGACUCGUCUCAUUCUCCUGGAUGCUACCCUCGUCCUGACAAUGGCUUUGAGCGUCCUCUGCUAUAUCAAGUUCUACAAGUUGAGGCACGAGCCUUUCGGCCGGAAGUGGUGGAAAUGGCUGUUGUUGACCGGUGUCUCAUUGAGCUGCGUUAUUUCGACCAAGUAUGUCGGUACUUUCACCUUCGUCAGCAUUGGUUGCGCGGUCAUGAUCGACCUGUGGAAUCUCUUGGACAUCAACCGCCGCGGAGGAGCGCUCGACAUGGUCCAAUGGGGCAAGCACUUUGUUGCCCGCGGAGUGGCCCUCAUCGUUGUUCCCUUCUUCUUCUACCUGUUCUGGUUCCAGGUUCACUUUGCGAUCCUGAACAGGUCCGGUCCCGGCGACGACUUCAUGACCCCCGAGUUCCAGGAGACCCUGAGUGACAAUUCCUUGGUCGCGCAAUCCAUUGGCAUCCAGUACUAUGACUCGAUCACUAUUCGCCACAAGGACACCAAGGUGUUCCUGCACAGCCACUGGGAGAAGUAUCCUCUGCGCUACGAUGACGGUCGUAUCUCCAGCCAGGGCCAGCAGGUUACCGGCUACCCUUACAAUGACACCAACAACAACUGGCAGAUCUUGCCCACCGUUCCGCUGUCGGAGGAUAACGGCUUGGGUCACAGCGUCAAGAACGGCGAUGUCGUCCAGCUCCGUCACCUGGGAACCGAUUCGAUUCUUUUGACUCACGACGUCGCCUCACCUUACUACCCCACCAACCAGGAGUUCACCACUGUCCCCCAGGAGCUUGCAGACGGGGAGAGACACAAUGAUACCUUGUUUGAAAUCAAGAUCGAGAACGGCAAGACCAACCAGGAGUUCCGCUCCCUCUCAAGCCAUUUCAAACUGAUCCACAUGCCCACUCGCGUCGCCAUGUGGACUCACACCAAGCCUCUCCCGGAGUGGGCCUUCAAGCAGUCCGAGAUCAACGGAAACAAGAACAUCCUACAGAGUAGCAAUCUGUGGUUCGUCGAUUCAAUUGAGAACAUCCCGGAAGACAGCCCUCGGUUGAUCAAGGAGGACCGUGAAAUCAAGACGUUGCCAUUCUGGAAGAAGUACCUGGAGCUGCAACGGGCCAUGUUCUUCCACAACAAUGCCUUGACCAGCAGCCACCCUUACGCCAGCGAGCCAUUCCAAUGGCCCUUCCUGCUGCGCGGUGUCAGCUUCUGGACCAAGAACGACACCAGAGAGCAGAUCUACUUCUUGGGCAACCCCGUUGGUUGGUGGAUUUCCAGCAGUCUCCUGGCCGUCUUUGCCGGUGUGUUGGCCGCCGACCAGCUGUCGCUGCGCCGUGGAAUUGAUGCCUUGGAAGAGAUCUGGGGCCCUGGUACCCGCUCUCGUCUGUACAACAGCACAGGGUUCCUUUUCCUCUGCUGGGGCGCCCACUACUUCCCCUUCUGGCUGAUGGGCCGCCAGCGGUUCUUGCACCACUACCUCCCAGCCCACCUCGCUUCGACUCUUGUCACCGGGGCCCUCAUUGAGUUUAUCUUCAAUCUGGAUCCCAUCCACCGGCCGGUUCCUGUCCCCUCUACCGUCGAAGAUCCCUCCGGCAAGAAGAAGGCUGUACCGGCUGGCCAGCGUCUCUUCGUCCUCGCUUCAGAGCGCAUGGGCCGCCAGUCUCACAUUGCAGCCUGGAUCGCAACCGCGGUCAUCCUUGCUGCCACCGCCUACGGCUUCUUCUUCUAUGCUCCAUUGACCUAUGGCACUCCUGGCCUCGAUGUGGACGGUAUCCUUGCUAGGAAGUGGCUCAACUAUGACCUGCACUUUGCGAAAUAAAGGAAGACUACCAUCUGUUAGGGGGGGAGGGGGGAGGAGAAAGACCUGAAGAAUGAAAUAAACACUUUAUAAUAUGAUGAAACCGAAAGUUUGUAGCUAUGGAUCCCUCUUCCCCCCCCUUUUUCUCCCGAUUUUUGUCUUCCUUUUUCUUGGAAAGGAGUUUUUGACAGACCUAUGGCAAUCUGAUUUGGAAUAUCGCCCAUUCUGUACUUGUCUAAUAUAAUGUCAUGCUACGCCUAUGUUUUCACCCAUGCGACCAGCGUAGCAUUUCGUACGGUAUCAUUUUACAGUACGCAUUGUAUAGAUAAGUAGAGGAAGUAGAGACUAGGUGCUGGUAGGUUGUCCGCAUGCCAACAAUCCUCUAUUCCCGGAUACACGCGCAAGAUCCCCGAAGUCAGCAUAAUGCCGAUACACGAACGGAAGAGCCCUCGUUCCUUGCAGUGGUAUAGAGGACGACGGCGGCGGUUCAGCUGCGGAAGAAG